AUGACCGCCCCAGUCAGCGUGGACACCCUUCCUGAAUACGAGAAGAGUCAGAUCAAGAGAGCACUGGAGCUGGGCACAGUGAUGACGGUGUUCAGCUUCCGCAAGUCCACCCCGGAGCGGAGGACCGUCCAGGUGAUCAUGGAGACGCGCCAAGUGGCCUGGAGCAAGACAGCCGACAAGAUCGAGGGCUUCUUGGAUAUCAUGGAAAUCAAGGAAAUCCGCCCAGGGAAGAGCUCCAAGGAUUUUGAGCGUGCAAAAGCUGUCCGCCAGAAGGAAGACUGCUGCUUUACCAUCUUGUACGGCACCCAGUUUGUUCUCAGCACGCUCAGCUUGGCAGCUGACUCUAAGGAAGAUGCGACUAAGUGGCUCUCGGGCUUGAAAAUCUUACACCAGGAAGCAAUGAGCGCGUCCACACCCACCAUUAUCGAGAGUUGGCUGAGAAAGCAGAUUUAUUCAGUGGAUCAAACCAGAAGAAACAGCAUCAGCCUCCGAGAGUUGAAGACCAUCUUACCCCUGGUCAACUUCAAAGUGAACAGUGCCAAGUUCCUCAAAGAUAAGUUUGUGGAAAUCGGUGCGCACAAAGACGAACUCAGCUUUGAGCAGUUCCACGUGUUCUAUAAAAAACUUAUGUUUGAGCAGCAAAAGUCGAUUCUUGAUGAAUUCAAAAAAGAUUCUUCCGUGUUUAUCUUGGGCAACACCGACCGGCCGGAAGCCUCUGCCGUUUACCUGCACGACUUUCAGCGCUUUCUCCUACAUGAGCAGCAGGAGCUUUGGGCUCAGGAUCUGAACAAAGUCCGUGAGCGGAUGACUAAGUUUAUCGACGACACCAUGAGGGAAACUGCUGAGCCCUUCUUGUUUGUCGAUGAGUUCCUCACGUACCUGUUUUCGCGGGAGAACAGCAUCUGGGAUGAGAAGUACGACGUGGUGGACAUGCAGGACAUGAACAACCCCUUGUCCCAUUACUGGAUCUCCUCUUCGCAUAACACGUACCUCACCGGUGACCAGCUGCGGAGCGAGUCGUCCACGGAAGCAUAUAUCCGCUGCCUACGGAUGGGCUGUCGCUGCAUUGAGCUGGACUGCUGGGACGGGCCCGACGGGAAGCCCAUCAUCUACCACGGCUGGACACGGACCACCAAGAUCAAGUUUGAUGAUGUCGUGCAGGCCAUCAAAGACCAUGCCUUUGUCACUUCAAGCUUCCCAGUGAUCCUGUCCAUCGAGGAGCACUGUUGUGUGGAGCAGCAGCGCCACAUGGCCAGGGUGUUCAAGGAGGUGUUUGGCGACCAGCUGCUGAUGAAGCCCACGGAGGCCAGCGCGGACCAGCUGCCCUCGCCCAGCCAGCUGCGAGGGAAGAUCAUCAUCAAGCAUAAGAAGCUGGGCCCCCGAGGCGACGUGGAUGUCGACAUGGAGGACAAGAAAGAUGAGCACAAGCAACAGGGUGAACUGUACAUGUGGGAUUCCAUCGACCAGAAAUGGACUCGGCACUACUGUGCCAUCGCCAACGCCAAGCUGUCGUUCAGUGACGAUAUUGAACAGACUGCAGAAGAGGAGCUGCCCCAGGAUACACCCCCCACGGAGCUGCAUUUUGGGGAGGAGUGGUUCCACAAGAAGGUAGAGAAGAGGACGAGUGCCGAGAAGCUGCUGCAGGAAUAUUGUGCGGAGACGGGGGGCAAGGAUGGGACCUUUCUGGUGCGGGAGAGCAAGACCUUCCCCAAUGACUACACCCUGUCCUUCUGGCGGUCCGGCCGGGUCCAGCACUGUCGGAUCCGUUCCACCAUGGAGGGUGGGACCAUGAAGUACUUCCUGACUGACAACAUCAUGUUCACCAGCAUGUAUGCCCUCAUCCAGCACUACCGGGAGACGCACCUGCGCUGCACGGAGUUCGAGCUUCGGCUCACCGACCCUGUGCCCAACCCCAACCCCCACGAGUCAAAGCCGUGGUACUAUGACGGGCUGAGCCGCGGGGAAGCAGAGGACAUGCUGAUGAGGGUUCCCCGGGACGGCGCCUUCCUCAUCCGGAGGCGGGAGGGCACCGACUCCUACGCCAUCACCUUCAGGGCCAGGGGCAAGGUAAAGCAUUGCCGCAUCCACCGGGAUGGCCGGCACUUUGUGCUGGGGACCUCUGCCUACUUCGAGAGCCUCGUGGAGCUCGUCAGCUACUAUGAGAAACAUGCACUCUACCGGAAGAUGCGACUGCGCUACCCCGUGACGCCUGAGCUCCUGGAGCGCUACAAUAUGGAAAGAGACAUAAACUCUUUGUACGACGUCAGCAGAAUGUAUGUGGAUCCCAGUGAAAUCAACCCUUCCAUGCCUCAGAGAACCGUGAAAGCUCUGUAUGACUACAAAGCCAAGCGAAGCGAUGAGCUGAGCUUCUGCCGUGGGGCCCUCAUUCACAACGUCUCCAAGGAGCCCUGGGGCUGGUGGAAAGGAGACUAUGGGACCAGAAUCCAGCAGUACUUCCCAUCCAAUUAUGUCGAGGACAUUUCAACAGUCGAUGUGGAGGUGCUGGAGAAGCAGAUUAUUGAAGACAAUCCCUUAGGGUCUCUUUGUAGGGGAAUAUUGGAUCUCAACACUUACAAUGUCGUGAAAGCACCCCAGGGGAAAAACCAGAAGCCGUUCGUGUUUAUCCUGGAGCCCAAGAAGCAGGGCGACCCCCCAGUGGAGUUUGCCACGGACAAGGUGGAAGAGCUCUUCGAGUGGUUUCAGAGCAUCCGGGAGAUCACCUGGAAGAUGGACACCAAGGAGAACAACAUGAAGUACUGGGAGAAGAACCAGUCCAUCGCCAUCGAGCUCUCGGACCUGGUGGUCUACUGCAAGCCGACCAGCAAGACCAAGGACAAUCUAGAAAACCCCGACUUCCGAGAAAUCCGCUCCUUUGUGGAGACCAAGGCGGACGGUGUCGUCAGGCAGAAACCCAUCGACCUCCUGAAAUACAAUCAGAAAGGCCUGACCCGUGUUUACCCAAAGGGACAGAGGGUGGACUCCUCCAACUACGACCCCUUUCGCCUCUGGCUGUGCGGCUCCCAGAUGGUGGCACUCAAUUUCCAGACUCCAGACAAGUACAUGCAGAUGAAUCACGCCUUGUUCUCACUCAACGGGCGGACGGGCUACGUCCUCCAGCCUGAGAGCAUGAGGUCCGAGAAGUACGACCCCAUGCCACCAGAGUCCCAGAGGAAGAUCCUGAUGACUCUGUCCGUCAAGGUUCUCGGGGCUCGCCAUCUCCCCAAACUUGGACGAAGUAUUGCGUGUCCCUUUGUGGAGGUGGAAAUUUGUGGAGCUGAAUAUGACAACAACAAGUUUAAGACAACAGUUGUGAAUGACAAUGGCCUAAGCCCUGUUUGGGCUCCAACACAGGACAAAGUGACCUUUGAAAUUUAUGACCCCAACCUGGCGUUUCUGCGCUUUGUGGUCUACGAGGAAGAUAUGUUCAGUGAUCCCAACUUCCUUGCCCACGCCACUUACCCCAUCAAAGGAAUCAAAUCAGGAUUCAGAUCUGUUCCACUGAAGAACGGGUACAGUGAAGACAUCGAGCUGGCUUCCCUCCUGGUUUUCUGUGAGAUGCAGCCAGUCCUGGAAAGCGAAGAGGAACUUUACUCCUCCUGCCGCCAGCUCAGAAGGCGGCAGGAAGAACUGAACAAUCAGCUCUUUCUGUACGACACACACCAGAACUUGCGCAAUGCCAACCGGGAUGCCCUUGUUAAAGAGUUCAACGUCAAUGAGAACCAGCUCCAGCUGUACCAGGAGAAGUGCAACCGGAGGUUAAGAGAGAAGAGAGUCAGCAACAGCAGGUUUUACUCCUAGGAGCCGGGGUACAUGACUAAGGGGGUCACGCGUGCGUUUGUCCUCUCU